AUAACAGCUGAAUUUGUAUUGGCGCUAUUCUCCUACUUAUCCAUCUCACACAUUAUAUCUAUGGCCAUAAAACAUUUCAGAAUACUAAAACCAGAACCACAACUUUAACCGAGACUGAAGCAGAGAGCUGCUGCCCGAGAAGAAUGAAAGGCAUAACGCUGAGGGAGAGCGGGUUGGUUGUUCAUUCACUCUUGCCCCCAUGUCCUAAACCUCCCAGCUCUUUCACCUCUCGUUUGCUUUCUUACAAUCUUAAUUCUCUCCCCAAGAAACAAUCUUCCAAGCUAUCUUCUCCACACCAAAGUCUUCUUUUCUCCAGGUGUUACAGAAAUUGUGUUUUAAGAACAUGUGAGGAGUGGUUUGGGGACCUUCUGCAAAAGGUCACUAAACAGCAGCAUGGCCUGGGAUAUAAGUAUGUCGAAUUCAAGAAAAGGGAAGAGACUGUUGCACUGGGGCACAAAUCAGAGGAUUGUUGUGUUUCGGAUCAUGAAAAUACAGCUUCAAAUUUGGCUGUCUCAACUACUUUGUUCAACCAUGCGCUAAAGUUUAUGGUUCUUUUUGGGUUGCUCACAUUCCAAGGCUCACUACCUGCGGUUUCUCUCCCGGAUAUUGCUAGUGGGUUGCAGUUCCUUCCUAAUGUAGGAGACCUUGGUGAUAUUAGCACAGGUUUUGCUUCAGCAUUCUUGCUGAUAUUUUUCUCAGAACUGGGAGACAAAACCUUUUUCAUUGCGGCACUUUUAGCUGCUAGAAAUUCUGCUGUUGUAACUUUCAUUGGGACUUUUGGAGCACUUGCGGCAAUGACAAUCGUAUCUGUUGUUCUGGGAAGAACUUUCCACUAUGUUGAUGAAAUCCUUCCGUUCAGAUUUGGUGAGGCUGAUCUGCCUAUUGAUGAUAUUGCUGCAGUUUUCCUUCUGGUAUACUUUGGAGUUUCAACAUUGCUUGAUGCUGCUUCAAGUGAUAAUCAAAAAGCAGAAGAUGAACAAAAGGAGGCAGAAUUAGCAGUUUCAGAAUUUUCUGGAAAUGGAGCUGGGAUCUUAGCUGCUGCUAACACUGUUAUUAGCACUUUCUUCUUGGUUUUUGUUGCCGAGUGGGGCGAUAAAUCAUUCUUCUCCACAAUCGCACUAGCGGCAGCCUCUUCUCCUCUCGGAGUCAUCGGAGGCGCACUGGCUGGCCAUGGUGUUGCUUCUCUGCUUGCUGUUUUAGGAGGAUCUUUACUGGGCACAUUCUUAUCAGAGAAGGCCAUUGCCUACAUCGGCGGUACUCUCUUUCUCAUCUUCGCUGCUGUAACAUUGUUUGAGAUUGUGAAUUAGAGGCUGAAGUUAGAUACUAAAAUCACAUUUUUUGUGCGAUUAUUAAUUAUGACUUAAUUCUUUG